CUCAGCAGACUUGCUACUCUAGGAGGCAAAGGGACAGGGAAGGAAAGAAGACCAUGGAGCGAUUCAUCUUUCUGAGUCUCAGCUUGCUGGUCGUGGCCCUCUCCCUAAGUGGAAAAGCUGGAGCCGAUCCCCAAUGUCCCUUCGGUUGGUUCUUCUACAAUGGGCAAUGCUACAAAGUCUUCAGACAACGCAAGAGCUGGCAUGAAGCAGAGAUGUGCUGCAGGCAACAGGAGGAAGGCAGCCACCUCGCCUCCAUCCACAGCUGGGAAGAGUCAUGGUUCGUGGCCAGAGUGGUCUCCCAGAAUGUGUAUCUUUUCAAUGUCUGGAUCGGACUGAGUGAUCCAGAGAAACAACGCACCUGGGUGUGGAGUGAUGGCUCCAGCUUCCGCUACAGAUCCUGGAAACGAGGAGAACCCAAUAACCUCUUCUGGAACGAGUACUGCAUUGAACUGUGGAGCUUCUCAGGGUAUCUCAGGUGGAACGAUCAGCGUUGCAGAUCCCGGCGUUAUUUCAUCUGCAAGUUCCAGCCACAGGGUGAGGGAAGCACCUGGUGAAGUCUGGAGAGGCAAGGAAGCCCCCCUGCCUGCCAAAAUCUCCCCUCUGCACCCCCAUCGCUUCAUGGGUGCUUUCUGUAGCUUCGAUCUGACUUUGC